AUGACCACCGCUGAGUUAACUCCGUUUCCGUCUCGCUCCAUUUUUCUCGGUGUCGACGUUGGCACUGGAAGCGCAAGAGCUGGAUUGUUCGAUGAAAAUGGAAAGCUUCUAGGCUCUGCUAGUAGCCCAAUACAGAUUUGGAAGGAUGGGGACUGUGUCGAGCAAUCUUCAACCGAUAUCUGGCACGCAGUUUGUGCAGCUGUAAAAUCUGCUUGCUCUCUUGCAAAUGUUUCGGAAGUACAAGUGAAAGGAAUAGGCUUUGCUGCUACGUGCUCUCUCGUGGCGGUUGAUGCUGAAGGGUCCCCUGUGACAGUGUCUUGGAGUGGUGAUUCAAGAAGAAACAUUAUUGUAUGGAUGGAUCAUAGAGCUGUAAAACAGGCAGAAAGAAUCAACUCUUAUAAUUCUCCAGUCCUGCAGUACUGUGGUGGCGGUGUUUCUCCAGAAAUGGAGCCACCAAAACUUCUAUGGGUGAAAGAAAAUCUACACGAGUCUUGGUCAAUGGUGUAUAAGUGGAUGGACUUGAGUGAUUGGCUGUCUUAUAGAGCUACUGGAGAUGAUACUCGUAGUUUGUGCACCACAGUAUGUAAAUGGACGUAUCUUGGUCAUGCACAUAUGCACCAGAUGAGUGAGAAAGCUUCUCGUGAUAUGGAAGCGUGUGGAUGGGAUGAUGAGUUCUGGGAAGAGAUUGGUUUAGGCGAUCUGGCAGAUGGGCACCAUGCAAAGAUCGGACGUAGUGUAGCUUUUCCGGGACAUCCACUGGGUAAUGGUCUAACCGCAACAGCUGCUAAGGAACUGGGUCUGUUGGCUGGAACUCCUGUCGGGACUUCACUCAUUGAUGCUCAUGCCGGUGGUGUGGGGGUCAUGGAAAGUAAAUUAGGUUCAGACUCCGUAACAAAAGAGUCAGAUGUGGAUACCUUAUGCUCUCGAAUGGUUUUGGUAUGUGGCACAUCAACUUGCCAUAUGGCUGUUUCCCGUGAAAAGCUGUUUAUUCCUGGCGUCUGGGGGCCUUUCUGGUCAGCAAUGGUGCCGGAGUACUGGCUUACAGAAGGAGGACAAAGUGCCACUGGAGCUUUACUUGAUCACAUAAUUGAAAAUCAUGUUGCUUCCCCUCGUCUUGCAAAUCGUGCCGCUUCCCAGAAAGUUUCUGUGUUUGAACUCCUGAACAACAUUUUGAAAUCGACGGUGCAAGAUACGAGUUCUCCAUUUAUAGCUGCCCUUACCUCAGACAUGCAUAUCCUUCCAGACUUUCACGGAAACAGAUCUCCCGUUGCAGACCCAAAUUCGAAAGGAGUGAUAUUCGGAAUGACUCUCGACACAACCGAGAAGCAGUUGGCUCUUUUAUACCUCGCCACAAUACAGGGAAUCGCAUAUGGUACACGCCAUAUUGUAGAGCAUUGCAAUGCCCAUGGUCACAAAAUUGACACACUGCUUGCUUGUGGCGGCCUUUCAAAGAACCCGUUGUUUAUUCAAGAACAUGCUGAUAUCGUUGGUUGCCCGAUUAUUCUUCCCCGAGAAAGCGAGUCUGUUCUUUUGGGAGCAGCAAUUCUUGGAGCAGUUGCUGCCAAGAGCUACCCUAGUCUCCAUGAUGCUAUGAAAGCUCUUAACGCAGCCGGACAAGUGGUUCAUCCUUCAUCAGACCCUAAAGUUAAGAAGUAUCACGACGCCAAAUACCGUAUUUUCCGUGAUCUCUAUGAACAGCAAUUGUCUCACCGUGCCAUCAUCUGUGAAGCUCUUUCAUAG